AAUCUCAAACUCCAAUAUAUUAUUAAGGUAUCAUUAGUCCUACACAAAGGUUAUUUAUUUAGCAAUGUCACGUAUACCCAUCAACGUGUAACAAACUACAUUAACUACUUGUAGCUAGAAUUUAUGAAACUUUAUGGUUAAUAAAUAAAAACAGAAAAGUCACCAGGGGCACAUUGGUAAUUAGAGAGAGUUUUGCUGGGCCUAUGGGUAAAAAUACAUGGAGAAAAAAGCAGGAUGGGGGGGCUCUUGAGCUCCGACGAGUGGCAAGUGAAGAAGGUGUGGGAGAAAGAAAGCUAAUGAGAGAAAUACAUAAAUCGACAAAAACAAACCGUCUUCUCAUCUCUGCCUCUGGAUUUAACUCUCCCUUCACAGUUGCAUAGAAUCUUCUUCUCUGCUCAUAUUUUGAAGAAAUCUCCAGUCGAAGAAACUGCUCCCUCUUUUAGUCAAUUCUCGCUUCACUCCCUCAAUAUAAUGCGAUUUCUCAACCGGAAUAUCUGAAUCUCUCGGUGGUUACCUCUGAUAUAUCGCCAGGAACUGAACUCCUACUCGAUCUCUAUCAACAAUGCCGUCCUUGUAGAACUUUGGAUCCAACUCUCUGAUUCCGUCAAUUUCCAUUAAUAUCAGCUCAGCGAAGGAACUUUGAGUAGAAGAAGAUAAUGUCACAUUCAUGGGAUGGUCUUGGGGAGAUUGCGUCAGUGGCUCAGCUGACUGGUUUAGAUGCGGUCAAGUUGAUUGGUCUCAUAGUCAAAGCUGCGAAUACUGCUUGGAUGCAUAAGAAGAAUUGUCGUCAAUUCGCUCAACAUCUCAAACUCAUUGGGAAUUUGCUUGAACAGCUGAAGAUCUCUGAGAUGAAGAAGUAUCCUGAGACUCGAGAGCCUCUCGAAGGGCUUGAGGAUGCUUUGAGAAGGUCUUACCUUCUGGUCAAUAGCUGUAGAGACCGGAGCUAUCUUUACUUGUUGGCUAUGGGUUGGAACAUUGUUUACCAGUUCAGGAAACAUCAGGAUGAGAUUGAUCGUUUUCUUAAGAUCAUACCUCUCAUCACUUUGGUCGAUAACGCUCGCAUUCGGGAGAGGUUUGAGUAUAUUGACCGUGAUCAGCGUGAGUACACUCUGGAUGAAGAGGAUAGACAUGUGCAAGAUGUUAUUUUGAAACAAGAAUCCACCAGAGAAGCAGCAUCAGUACUGAAGAAGACUCUCUCUUGCUCAUACCCUAACUUGCGUUUCUGUGAAGCUCUCAAAACAGAAAACGAGAAACUGCAGAUCGAACUUCAGCGGUCGCAGGAGCAUUAUGAUGUGGCUCAGUGUGAAGUCAUUCAGCGUUUAAUUGGUGUUACACAAGCUGCUGCUGCUGUUGAACCUGACUCUGAGAAGGAGCUGACAAAGAAAGCUUCCAAAAAAUCUGAACGUAGCUCAAGCAUGAAGACGGAAUAUUCGUAUGACGAAGAUUCUCCCAAGAAAAGCAGUACUCGUGCAGCUUCGAGAUCCACUUCUAAUGUUUCAUCUGGGCAUGAUCUGCUUUCACGAAGAGCAUCACAGGCACAACACCAUGAAGAAUGGCAUACCGACUUACUAGCUUGUUGCUCGGAACCUUCUCUUUGCUUCAAGACAUUCUUUUUCCCGUGUGGUACUUUGGCAAAGAUUGCCACUGCAGCAUCCAACAGGCACAUCUCUUCAGCUGAAGCAUGUAAUGAGCUAAUGGCGUAUUCUUUGAUACUUUCUUGUUGCUGCUAUACUUGUUGCGUGAGGAGGAAACUCCGGAAGACACUGAACAUCACGGGAGGAUUCAUUGACGAUUUUCUAUCUCAUGUAAUGUGUUGUUGCUGUGCCCUUGUACAAGAACUGAGAGAAGUUGAGAUUCGUGGGGCAUAUGGUACGGAGAAGACGAAAAUAAGCCCGCCUUCGUCGCAGUUCAUGGAACAUUGAAAUCUUCUAUUAUACAAAAGGUGAACAAAAACAACGAUUUGUUGUAACUCUGGAUACGAGACGAGAUUCUUCUUCGUACUACUCACUUAAUAUUAUUGUGUUAAAUCGUGGAGUCGUAUGUAAAUUAGUUUGGGAUUCUCAUCUUAAUUUCAGCAAUUUGUGUUGUGUGUAUCACAUAUAGACUAACUAAUUCUUAUUUCAACCUUUUAUCACAAGAUAGGGUAUUAGGUUUACCGGAUGGCCAAUUGAACCAAACUUGUGUUUUGGGUCAAAAUAGUAGUUUUCUUUUAUGAAUCAAGGAGAACAUAUACAAUUUGC